AUGAUGUUCAGCCUUCCAGACCUGAAGGAAGGCCUAGCAACCCUCGGAGCACCACUAGGAGAAAAUCCUGUGAGCAUCACCACCAGCGCUGUGGACAUAGUCCAGCCUGAGCCCCGUUCUACCUGCCCUCUGACCCUGGAAGAGCUGCCCCUUUCAGAGUCAUGCAGCUUCAGCAACAAUGUGUUUGUUCUCUCCAUGCCGAAAGCUGCCCAGCCAGAGGAGGCUGCCAGAGGGAGCAGCAGCCCACCCAGGGACAUCAUCAGGCCUGAGGCCUUCGUCCAGACAGGACCCCUGCUGGCCAGGAGAGCCCAGAGGGAUGCUCCUCCUCCAAAGGUCCCCAAACCCCCGGUGGCCCCCCGGCCCAAACUGCUGCCCUCCCUGAGCCAGGGCAACGUGUCCCUUGUCAGUGCCAACGCCUGGGAUGAAAGGACCAAGAAGAAGAGAAAGAAAGGAGUCAGAGUCCAGAGGUCUAGCCUGGGUCUGAGGCAUAUCCCCCGUGACGUAGAGCUGGCCAUGAUGAGGCCCCGUCUGGUCAAGUCAGCCGUUCCCUCCCAGCAGCCCUACCAGCCGUGGGACGACGAGGACGAGGUGGACAUCUACGCCCUGAGACGAACAGCCUACAUGUGUCCCAUGUACGACCAGGAGGAGAGCAGCGUCAGGGGCAACAAGAGGGUGGCAGUGGAGGCCCUGGACAACAUUCCUUUCAGAAGGAAGAUCACCUUGUGUUAUUUCAUGGGGGGUCGCAGGGUCAUGCUGCCAAAAGACUACUAACCCAACCCCCCUCAAUAUCCACAACAACCCCCCUUUGUCCCAGACAGCGAAGAACAGGACACACACAGAGAGACAGAGUGGACACCAACAGGGCCAUCAGAGGGACAGAGACCCUCUCAGUUGAGGUUAGGAAUGUCAGCUACUAAAAGGCUUCUAUAGACCAUCUCUGUAGCAAGAGAACCUCCAGUGAUCAGACUGGAAUGUCCUCUGUCUCCCCUCCUGUCUCCCCUCCCCUCACCACUACUCCCCCAAGAGGACCCCUUCACCCUGCCUCCCAUCCCCACUACUCCCCCAAGAGGAACGCUGCUCCCUGCCUCCCCUCACCUCUUCUCCCCAAGAGGAACGCUGCUCCCUACUUCUCCCUCGAGGACUACAGUCUCUUAUCUCUAGAUCAGUGUUGGGGUCAGAUCAAUGUCAAUACAGUCAAUUCAGGAAGUAAACUGACAUUUUCUCAUAGUGGCAUUGAGGAAAAUUGGAAUUGGACUUUCAGUUUACUUCCUGAAAUGUAAAGGAAUGACCCCAACCCUAAUCUAAAUAAACUACUAGAUCUCUAUGAUGACAGAGUCUCAGACAUAAAGACAAUAAUCCUGUUACUGUCCAGGACCUUGUCUUUACAUUUCCCUGAAGCAUUACAGAAAUAAAAACAAAGUGUUGAAGAAAAUACAAUCUUUGGAGUUUUGAGAGGCUGUUUCACCUAGUAGUCCAUCACAUUGUAACGUUGUUCCUUCUAACAGAAUGGUUGUUCCACCUAGUAGUCCAUCACAUUGUAACGUUGUUCCUUCUAACAGAAUGGCUGUUCCACCUAGUAGUCCAUCACAUUGUAACGUUGUUCCUUCUA